GCAGGCCUCCAACUUGGAACCUGUGCAACCAGUGAGAUCAGCCCUACGCCUCGUGCUCAUCUUCCGCUCACCGGAAUGUACAUUUAUUUUUGGAUGUCCUUGACAUCGACCUACCAUUGUUGACGCGCAGGGUCGCUUUUGGCGGACUCUGGAUUACGUUCUGAUCCUCUAGCAGCCUCCAGUCUUCCUCUUGUUCUGCUUCAACAAUGGAACCAUCGCCGAAUCUUAAACGAAUCGACCGAGUAGUGCUCGCCUGUAUCCAGUGUCGUUAUAGACACGUCAAGUGCGACUCCACGCAACCCACUUGCAACCGAUGCAGGCGCGACGGGAAAGAAUGCAUCUAUCAAAAGUCUAGAAGAGGAGGCCUUAGCAAAGCCGCACUUGCGGAGCGACGUUUGCGACUGCAACAAGAACCCAAGGAAGCAACCAGUUGGGAUGGGCGUAACAGCGGAACAUCUCAUGUACCAGUGCCAUCGCCGUCUGACCAGUCUAGCCUGGGAUCCUUCGAGAGCGGCUCAUCAGGUCGUUCCAUACCUCUUCGUAGACGCAACGAGGUCCAGCAAAAUCGUAUCAUUUUUCAGGUUGACAAUGAGCGACUCGUGGAUUUAUUCUUCGAACACUUUUGGCCUUCGUGGCCAGUCGUACUGCCUCUCCACUAUCUGCAAGCCAGGCGCCUACAUGAGAAUCAUGGAAUGACCACACUACUAUCCGUCUUGGAAUGGAUUGGAUCCAUCUACGCCCCUUGGACUCCAUCGGAAACAUACCACAUGACGGCUAUGGAAGCUGUCACGUCACCCGACCUUGCGCAUACACCAUUCAAUGUCCAAGCGCUGCUGCUGUUUGCUCUUGCUGAGUUCCACAGCAGUUCCAGACCUGAGGCUCGUAGGCACCUGGAUAAAGCUAUCACAGUCGCAUUAGAAUUGUGCAUGAACGAAAGAGAUUUUGUUCGAGCGUAUGGUGAAGGUAGCGCUGUACUGGAAGAGUCUUGGAGGCGAACGUUUUACGUACUAUACAUCGUGGAUCAAAACUUCGCCCUUGUCACCAACACGCCCUUCUACACACUACUUCUCGUGUCGAACACUGUUGAUCUACCAUGCGAUGAUGAGCACUUUGAGUCAGGGAACAUUCCGCUUGUGAUGACGUGGGCUGAGUACCAGAACCGUGAAUUUGCAGAGGUUGAGAUCGUUUACUCGUCAAUCGUGUAUCUUUAUGAUAUCGGAAUGAUCAUCGCUUGCAUCAUGAAGUCCUUCAUCGACACUGCUAUAUUUAGCGAAACGAUGACCGAGAACUGCGACAUGAAGUUAGCGAUAUGGUCGUCGAUGCUGCCGGCUUGUAAGAAGGACCCGCUUCGACCAGAUGGUCAAGUAGAUGAGGUGAUGUACAUGGCACAUAUGUGUGCUGCAAUAGUCAUCUCAACACUGCAUAGGCCCUUCUCAUCACUAGCUCACCUUCCUGAAGAGAUGACCACGCAGUCUUUUCUACCUCCUUCUCCCUUUACGCUUACGCCCAAAGCUGGGCGAAACACACAUACCGCACGUGUGCUCAAGGCGACCGAAAUGCAUACCAAACUCCUCGCAAUCCCAUGCGCUCUCGAAAAGCACAACGUUUUUAUCAUGUGUCUAACCGCGCAACUCGCGGCAGCACAAGUGUCUGUAUGUGCCUAUCUGUUGGACGGGCACGCGCUGUCGAUAGCGCGAGAUCGUGUGCGUCUCAGCAUCGGCUUUCUGAACACGAUGGGGACUAUAUGGCCACUCGGAAUGAAAAUGGCGAAGGAGGUUCGUGCGAUUGCACGGUCAAGUCUUUCCGGUACCUGCGUCCAGCAUACCGUGAGCGUGGAUGCGGACCCUGCAGUGGCUGAGAUCGACUUUCCGCGCGACGACUUGGGGUGGCCUGUUGAUCCCUCAGCGCAGAUCGACAUAUACUCUGGCAUCGUGCUCCCUAUCGAUUGGGAUACGACGCCCUUUGGUUAUCCGUCGCUGACAUCGUCUGAGCCGAUAUGAGGGCGUCUGUCAGCUUGAUAAUGCAAAUCCCCACUCAAAUGGUGUCAAUUAGUGAUUAGCUCGUCUUGUGGAACGUGUUUCGGGAUCAGCGCUGAUCUGCACAACAAAGUGUGAUGUGAUGCAAUCGCGUCUCCAAGUCCUGCUGGAGCGAUUGU